AUUCCGCGACGAACGACGCCCUGCGCGCGCCUCGACGCCGCGCGCAGGGCGUUCGAGCGCGCGCGAGACGCCGCGCGCGCCUCGCGCGCGUCACCGCGCGCGUCGAAGGCGACGCUCGGACGCGCGAGGCGAUCGCGACGGCGAUGAUGGCGCGAACGGCCGCGCGACGAUCGACGGCGCGCGUCGCGCGCGGGGCGACGCGCGCGACGAACGCGAGGCGACAGGCGCGGGCGAUCGCGCGGCGACGCGUCGCGGUGACGCGCGCGAGCGAGGCGAGCGACGACGCGAUGAGGGACGAGGCGAGCGGGUACGAGAAGCGCGCGGCGGAGAGCGCGGCGGCGGGCGUGGAGGAGAAACGACCGCCGCGAGGCGGGGACGCCCCGGCGCCGGGAUCGUGGUCGUGGACGCUGAAUUGGGAUCACGUGAUGUUCGAUACGCGGGGAAGGGUGAUCGAGGAACCGACGAAGGAGGACAUGGCGCGCGCGCGGGUGCUCAUCGGGUCGUGCCCGCGAAACGCGGAGGACGUGGACCGGUUGGUCGACGAAGCGGGAGUGGAGGCGAUCGUGUGCUUGCAGUGCUCGUUGUGUCACGCGGCGAUGGAGAUCGAUUGGCAGAGCGUGCGAAGGCGAGCGAUCGAACGAGGAGUGAUGAUCGUGCAGGUGAACGUGCGCGAUUUCGAUCGACUGGACCAGGCGAAGAUGUUACCCGAGGCGGUGCGGAAGUUGGCGGCGUUUCAAGCGAUGGGUAAGCGCACGUACGUGCACUGCACGGCGGGGAUCAAUCGCGCAUCGCUCACCGUGGUCGGUUAUUUGACCUUUGUCAAGAUGUUUGAUUUGGAAGCGGCGCUGCACGCCGUGCGCACGUCGCGUCCGCAGGCGAACCCGUACGUGGUUUCCUGGGAAAUCGCGCGCGCUCGUUUGCUGGCGCAUAGGCUUGAGGAUAUUUAUCUGUACUCGCAAGUCGACGCUGGUGGUAACACUAUCGAUGACGGUGGUGACUGGAUCAAGCGCGACCUCGAGCGCGCGGAGAAGGGCGUCAUCGCCGAAGUCUUCAAACGCGCCAUCGACACCGAUUUGUCCAUGUACGGAGCGCUCAUCGAAGGGGACUACCAACAACAGCGUCACUGACGAUGGGAUCAAGAAUAUAGACGUU